AUGCCCCGUCCCUCUGCUCCCACUCCUUGGGCUACACAUCGGGCUACCCAUCCUGCCGCACAUCCUGCCACAGACCCGUUUGCAGAACUUGAGUUUGCUUAUCGUGACCGCAAUUCCCGCUCCACUCCGCCGUUCAGGAUGAACAACGGAACCCAACCCCCGACGCCCGCUGACGCAUUCAACCAAGAAUGGAUGUCUCCAGAGGACCUCGCUGCCUUCCUCAUACAGCCUUCUCAGCUGGGCGUCGGCUAUCCUAGCCAAUAUCCUGUCCAGAACCGAGGAGCUCAGCUUGCCAACAGCAAUAGAUUUGUAGCACAUCGCCCUUUCGAUCCUCCAAACGCAGGCCUGGUACCACCAUUCGAUCUUGAUCAGGAGCCAUUUGGCAGGGAUCUCUCGGGAACUGCUCCUAGCGCACACCCAGAAGCCAUCACCAAGCUUCUUGAGAACAUACAGCCUGACGAGGAGGUUCCGAAAGAGCUUCGCGAAAAGACGCCAAAGGCUAUGUGUUCCGAGCUCAUGGAACAUCAGAAACUCGGUCUGGCUUGGUUGAAGAAAAUGGAGGAGGGGACCGCGAAGGGCGGCAUUCUCGCAGACGACAUGGGGCUCGGAAAGACGGUUCAGGCUCUCGCACUCAUCUUGUCUAGGCCUUCGGACGAUCCAAUAUGUAAGACGACACUAAUCAUUGCACCCGUUGCUCUGAUGAGGCAAUGGGAGAAGGAGCUUCAGCGGCAUGUUCACUCCCAUCAUCGACUCAAGGUCUAUAUCUAUCACCAAAACGGCAAGAAGGCGGAUUUCAAUACCCUGCGCCAGUACGACGUUGUUCUAACCACCUUUGGAUGUCUUUCGACUGAGGAGAAGCGGAUUGAGUCAUUGGAAGAGUCACUGAGAGAUCUCACUGAGCAGCAAUCAGGCAUUCAACGCAAGGCUAAGGAGAGACUGUCCCUAGUCGGGCCAGAGUGCCUUUGGUAUCGUGUAAUCCUAGAUGAGGCACAGUGUAUCAAGAAUAAGGGAACACUCACAUCCAAGGGCUCGAAUCGCCUACGAGCGAAAUAUCGGCUCUGCAUGACAGGUACCCCAAUGAUGAACUCAAUCGAUGAACUCUAUCCACUUAUCCGAUUCCUUAGCAUCAAACCGUACAACGACUGGGCCCGUUUCCGCACAGACAUCUCCCAACAGAUCAAAGCAGGUCAGGAGUACCGGAGGGAAAAGGGUGUAACGCGUGUCCAUGCUCUUAUCAAAUCUAUCAUGCUUCGGCGCACAAAGCAGACAAUCCUUGACGGAGAACCGAUUUGCAACAUCCCACCUAAACAAGUCGUGCCUGCGCCAGUGGAGUUUAGCGAUGAGGAACAUGAACUGUACAAAGCCAUUGAGACCCAGUCACAGCUGCAGUUCAAUAAGUAUCUCAAAGCAGGAACGGUCAUUAAUAACUACGCGAACGUGCUCCUACUCCUUUUACGGCUCCGCCAGGCUUGCUGCCAUCCCCACCUUAUCAAGGAUUUGGGAGUGCAAGUUUCGACUGAGCAUAUCGACGAGAGCGAGCUCUUAUGUCGGGCUAGAAAGCUCACGCACGACGUAGUUGUCCGGUUGAAAGAGUCGCCAGGUUUUGAUUGCCCCAUUUGUCUCGACGCAACACAAAAUCCAACAAUAUUUCUUCCUUGUGGUCACACCACCUGUGGCGAGUGUUUCCAGAAACUUGUUGAUCCUACCAUGGUUCAGGAUGACCGUGAGGAAGGUAGCGCGCCAAAAUGCCCUCACUGUCGAGGUUCUCUGCAUCCGAGUAGAAUCACCGAUUACGAGCAUUUCUGCAAAGUUUUCUGUCCAGAAAAGUUUCCAGACGGUAAUCUCGACCGCCCUGAGUCUGAGCCGGAGCCUGACUCUGACUCUGAGGAGGAUGAAUCUGACGGUGAUGAUUUGAAUGGAUUCAUCGUUCCAGACGAUGCCGAUGAUGACUACCAGGCGCCAAGGUUAAAAGAUGAGAACGGUGACGAGAACGAGACGAAGCACGUCAAUGGCAAGGGUAAAUCACGUGUCAAGGAAAAGAAAACUCUUGCACAACUCAAGAAGGAGUCCCUCCGCAACAAGGCUGCGAAGAAGAAAUAUCUUCGCCGGCUUCGCAAGGACUGGGUGACAUCGGCGAAGAUAAACAAGACCAUCCAGCUCCUCAACGAAAUUGAGAGCAAUGACCCUGCUGAGAAGACCUUAAUUUUCAGUCAGUUCACUUCACUUCUUGACCUCCUCGAAGUCCCGCUCCAGGAUCGGAAUAUUAAGUACCAGCGUUACGAUGGUAGCAUGAAACCCGAUGAUAGAGCCACUGCCGUUAACGAUUUCAUGGACAAACCUGAUGAGAAGAUCAUGCUCGUCUCUCUCAAAGCGGGCAAUGCUGGACUCAAUCUCAGCCAGGCUUCUCACGUUAUUAUCCUGGACCCCUUCUGGAACCCGUUCAUUGAAGAUCAAGCAGUCGAUCGAGCUCAUCGUAUGCCCCAAAAGCGCGAGGUAUUUGUACAUCGUAUACUCGUGCCUGAAACCGUCGAAGACAGGAUCUGCAAGCUCCAGGAACAGAAGCGCGAUAUCAUUAGUACUGCGUUAGAUGAAGGGCUCGGCAAGAGUAUCUCCCGACUAGGUGUCAAUGAGUUGAAGUUUCUCUUCGGUUUGUCUCGAUGA